AUGGCACUGAAAAAUACAACUCAUUUGUCACUGUUCACUCUUUCUGGAUUACAGGAUGAAACAAAGGAAAGUAGAUAUGUUCUUUUCUCUGUGACUCUAUUUUGUUAUUUUCUUAUUGUGCUCAUCAAUGUGACACUCAUUUUCAUCAUCUUUCAAGAGAAAUCCCUACACGAGCCCAUGUACAUUUUUCUGUGUAAUCUGUGUAUUAAUGGACUGUAUGGAACAAUAGGGUUCUACCCUAAAUUCUUGUAUGACCUACUAGCUGAAGACCAUGUGAUCUCAUACAAUGGAUGCUAUCUACAAGCAUUUGUCAUUUAUUCAAAUUUUCUGUGUGAUUAUUCAAUUUUAACAGUUAUGGCUUAUGACAGGAAUGUUGCAAUAUGCAGACCACUGGAAUAUCAUUCUGUUAUGACAAAUCAUAUUGUAAAAUUUGUUGUGUUUCCAUGGAUUCCACCUCUUUUCUGUGAGGGUAUUUUGAUGUUUUUGAGUCACAGAUUAACAUUAUGUGGAUCAAAAAUAGAAAAACUCUAUUGUGCAAACUGGCCAAUUGUUAGGCUUUCUUGUUCUUCAAAUACAUUGAAUAGUGUGGCUGGUUAUGUUGUAAUUGUGGUGUAUAUAAUUCAUAUCCUUUUCAUUGUCUACUCCUACAUUAAUUUGAUCAGUACCUGUUUGAACUCCACAGAAAACAGGGGGAAAUUCCUCCAAACAUGCUUGCCACAUUUGUUUUCAUUGACUAACGUGACAAUUGCGGUACUCUUUGAAUUGAUGCACAAUAGAUAUGGUUCCAGGGAUCUUCCACGCCGUCUGCUAAAUUUCCUGGCUAUGGAAUUUCUGGUAAUCCCCCCACUUCUCAAUCCCCUUAUUUAUGGAUUACAACUGACUAAAAUUCGAAGAACAGUUUUUGGAAAAUGCAAAAAACAAAAUGGGGUGAAUCGUCUAUGA